AUGAGCGUGUCUUCUGUUUCGGCGGUGUGGCAUGUGGUGCGCCAUACGGCGCCCACAGUCGUAUCGGUCGGACCGAGUGACGUGUACAAUGCCGCGGACCUCUCCGACGGCCAGAAUUUGGAGCAGCUGACGCUCGCAACCGAGGUCGGCUCGGUCGUCCAGAACAUUGUGCGCGAUGCGCCCGAGAAGCCCGUGAGCGUGCUGCUCGACGCCAGCCAGACGUCGCUGCUGCGUCUCGUUCCUUAUCUCCCUUCGUUGGUCAAGAAGCCGGUCGUGUUCCACGUUGCCACGCACGGUGAGCACGCCGACGUGCUCCUGCUGCGCCAGAGCGGCUUUGCGCUCCUCGCCUCGUCGACCGCGUCCGAGGCGCAGGACUAUGCGAUCGUCGCCCAGCACCUCGCGGCCAGCACCUCGUCGGGUGUGAUCCACCUGUACGACGACGAGACCUCUGCGGCGGACCUCGUGGCGGGCGACGCCCUGCGCGCAGCCAUCGCCUCGACCGCCGCGUCGGUCGAGUUGAGCGAAGAGGCGCUCGACGCCGCGCUCAAGCACGUCUCGAGCAUCGUUAAGCACGACGUCCCUGCAUACAACGUGUACGGCACCACGGACGCCAAGGACGCCGCGAUUGUGCUCGGCGCGGGCGCCAAGGCACUUGCGGAUGCCGCACAGGUCGCCGUCAUCUCACUGCACGUCGUGCGCCCCCUCUUUGCGGAGCGCUGGGUGGCUGCGGUGCCCACGUCAGUCGAGCGCCUCGCGGUGCUCGAGGCGACGUCGAAGCGCACCACGCGCCUCGCGCCGCUCUUUGUCGACGUCGCAUCCGCCUUCCAGCAUGUGCCGGAGCGCGACGUCCCGGCGACGCUCGUCAGCGGCACCCUCGGCCAGGUCGACGCAAAGAACGCCGCGGCGGCCGCCUCAAGCCUCCAAGAGGCGCUCGAGAAGGGCACCUCGGGCUUUGUCGUCGGCACCCAGGCCACCGAGGCGCCUACGACGCUCGCCGUGCAGCGCAAGGAGUACGUCCACGAGCGUGCGUACAACGUGAUGCUCGAGCAGCUCUUCAAGGAGCGCCUCGCGGUGAUCAACCCCCCGAGCGACGACGCGGACCCCGCUGCGAGCAGCCCCGAGUUUGCGUUCGGCAAGGUGCUCGCGCAGGUCCAGCGCGAGGACGAGCUCGCGUCGCUUGCGCGCGCUGCGAUCGACGGCGGCAAGGUCGCGUCGGACCUCGCACAGGCGCUUGAGCGCUGGCUCGCCGCCAAGUGCGACGCGAACAAGCGCCCCGAGGCCGCGGCGGCCGUGCGCUCCGCGCUGGGCGGCGCCAAGUCGAGCGAGGCGGACGCGCUCCGUGCGCUCGAAAAGUACCUUGAGCCUUUGAGCCGCUGGAUUAUCGGCAACGACGCGUGGGCGUACGAUGCGGGUAUGGGUGGUGUGCACCACGUCAUUGCCUCGCAGCGCAACGUGAACAUGCUCAUCUUUGAUACGGUGCCCUACUCGGGCCGCGAGAAUGUGCCGCUGAACCAGCGCAAGAAAGACAUUGGUCUGUACGCAAUGAACUACGGCAACACAUACGUUGCGAGCACUGCGCUCUACUCGGACUACACCCAGGUCCUGCACGCGCUCAUGGAGGCCGAGCGUUUCGACGGCCCCUCGAUCGUGCUGGCCUACGUCCCCUACCACCGCUCUGACGCCUCGGCGCUCGACGUGCUCCGCGAGACGAAGCUUGCAGUCGACUCGGGCUACUGGCCGCUCUACCGCUGGGACCCCAGCGCGGAGAGCCGCAACUCGGACGUCUUCCGCCUGGACAGCGUGCGCAUCCGCGAGCAGCUCAAGUCGUUCCUCGACCGCCAGAACCACCUGAGUCUCCUCGCGAGCGCCAAGCCCGAGCUGCCGUACGACCUCGCGGCCUCGCAGGGCACCGCGCUGCGUGAGCUGCAGCAGCGCAAGGCCAAGGAGGCCUACGACAACCUCCUCGGCUCGAUGGAGGGCCCCCCUCUGCUGGUGCUCUUUGCCUCGGACGCGGGUGGCGCCGAGAAGGCCGCGCGCCGUCUUGCGCUGCGUGCCAAGCUGCGUGGCCUCGGCGUGCGCACGCUCGCCCUUGACGACUUCCCGCUGGAGGAUCUGAGCGGCGAGAAGAACGUCGUGAUCGUCACUUCGACCGCCGGCCAGGGUGAGCCGCCGCAAAACGGCCGCCUGACCUUCAAGGCGCUUUCGAAGCUGCCGACCGGCACCUUUAACGAGGAGACGCGCUUCGGUGUGUUUGGUAUGGGUGACUCGCACUACUGGCCGCGCCCCGAAGACGCGCACUUCUACAACAAGCCCGCCAAGGACCUCGACAAGCGCCUGGCGGAGCUGGGUGCGCAGCGCCUCGUCUCGCUCGGUCUCGGUGAUGACCAGGACGCCGACGGCUGGCAGACCGGCUACAAGGCGUGGGAGCCGCAGCUCUGGAAGGCGCUCGGCGUGGACCACGUCGAGGUGAAGGAGGCCGAGCCCGAGCCGAUCACCAACGAGAACAUCAAGAUCGCGAGCAACUACCUGCGUGGCACGAUCGUCGAGGGCCUCGCCGACAAGUCGACCGGCCGCAUCGCCGAGACCGACACGCAGCUCACCAAGUUCCACGGCACCUACAUGCAGUACGACCGUGACACGAUCGAGGAGCGCCAAAAGGCCGGCCUCGAGCCCGCCUACGGCUUCAUGAUCCGUGUGCGUAUGCCGGGUGGUGUGUGUACCGCCGACCAGUGGCUGCAGCUCGACCGCGUCACGGAGGACUUUGGCGGGAUCAAGUCGCUCAAGAUCACCACGCGCCAGACCGUGCAGUACCACAUGAUCCUCAAGGAGAACCUGAAGAGCGCCAUGCAGUCGAUCAACAAGAGUCUCUUUGACACGAUCGCCGCGUGUGGUGACGUGAACCGUAACGUGAUGUGCGCUCCGAACCCCAACCUCACCGAGGUGCACGAGCAGAUGUACGAGUUCUCCAAGAAGCUCUCGAACUACCUGCUCCCCCGCAUGAACGCCUACCACGAGAUCUGGCUCGACAAGGGCACCGACUCCUCGAGCAAGCUCCUGGUCGGUGGCGCGGUGCAGGACUACGAGCCGCUCUACGGCCCGUACUACCUGCCGCGCAAGUUCAAGAUCGCGCUUGCGGUUCCCCCGCGCAACGAUGUCGAUGUGUUUGCGAACGACAUUGGUCUCAUUGCCAUUGCCGACCCCCAGAAGAAGAAGCUGCUCGGCUUCAACCUGGCCAUCGGUGGUGGUAUGGGUGUGACGCACUCGAUGAAGGCGACCUACCCCCGUCUCGCGAGCGUGAUCGGUUUCCUGCGCCUCGACCAGGUGUGCGAGGCGUGCCGCGAGGUGAUGCUCAUCCAGCGCGACACGGGCAACCGCCAAAACCGCAAGCAGGCGCGUCUGAAGUACACCAUCGACAAGUACUGGGGCGGCGCGGAGAACUUCCGUGCGGAGCUCGAGCGCCGCCUCGGCUACAAGCUCGAGGAGGCCCGCCCGUACAACUUUGUGAACAACACGGACGAAUACGGCUGGAAGCAAGACUUCCGCGGCAAGUGGCACUGCACGCUCUGGCUCGAAAACGGUCGUGUGAUCGACGAGCCGGGCCUGCCCUUCCGCACGGGCCUGCGCGAGCUGGCCAAGUUCCACAAGGGCACCUUCCGCCUGACGCCGAACCAGCACAUUAUCGUGUCGGACAUCGACGAGGCGGACAAGCCCAAGAUCGAGGCGCACUUGAAGGAAUACAAGAUGAACAACUGGGAGCACUCGGGUCUGCGCCUGAGCGCCAGCGCCUGUGUCGCCUUCCCUACAUGUGGUCUCGCGAUGGCCGAGUCGGAGCGCUACAUCUUCCGCCUCGUGGACAAGGUCGAGCGCAUCUACCUUGCCAGCGGCCUCAAGCACGACGAGAUCACGCUGCGCAUGACGGGCUGCCCCAACGGCUGUGCCCGUCCGUGGAUCGGCGAAAUCGCGUUCGUGGGCAAGGCCCCUGGCACCUAUGUCAUGCUCCUCGGCGGUGGCCACAAUGGUGAGCGCCUCAACAAGGUGUUCCGCGAGUCGGUCGGCGAGAAGGAGAUCCUCGAGAUCCUCGAGGUGCUCAUUCCCCGCUACGCCAAGGAGCGUCUCGAGGGUGAGCGCUUCGGCGACUGGGUCAUCCGCGCGGGUAUCAUUGCCGAGACUACCCACGGCGCGGCAUUCUGGGAUAAUGUCGAUGCGGACAAGCCGCUUUCUGCGAUCGCGCAGAGCGCUUAA